AUGAAACUCCUCAUCGCAGCCAAGCUGAGCUGCCUCCUGGCCCUUGUCACCGCCAUAAAUAGAUGUGUUAAGCCAGCCGGCGCCGGAUACUGCUCUGAACAUGGCGGCCGCGGACAAUUCCUGAGAUGCUCUGAUGCAAAGCCAUGCUUCGUCGAAGGCAACGGGUGCGUCUUCCACUGGGGAAGGGAAGGGCCUUCACACUCCGAGGACUCGUAUGCGAAUUGCUCGUAG